GACAAAGGAUUGAAUCUGCACAAUGAUGCUGACACAGAGGAAUGGAUAAGCAUCGCCUGGCAUGUUUGACGAUUCGCGAGAUACGUGGUGCGACGUAUUAUGCUGUCGUGAAACGGGUAUCGAACCUGAACACCAAGCGUGACCGACCGGAAACUGAAACCGGAACUAUAGAGAACCUAUUUCAAUUCAUUCUACUCCUAGUGCUCCAGUGACAAUCGUUCAGUUCACACUUCGUACUCAGUCGAGACUGGUAUUUUGGUUUCACGUAAUGCGGGAUUUCGUUUGCCGUAAAAUUAUUUCAUAUACAGAGUUGGAAGUGGAAAUUAAAUUUUAGUGUUGACGUAGAUUUUACUAAAAUUAAAGAAUGUAUUGGCUGUUGGUGAUGUUAUGGUUUUUGGAAACGAGAGGAGCCACUUUGUAUAACGGAGGCCCAAUAUUGGGGGAACAGAUCGAUCUAGUUGACGUUCCGGAAGAUAUUCAGACCGGCACCCCUCUACCGGAUUGGCUUGGAUCUACUCCGGAUCGAGAUGCAGAUCAUUCCAAUCCCAGUAGUCCUGUAGGUCCAUUGGAUGCUAUUAGUCCUGAUGCACCCGAGGAUCGGAGUGGUAUUGAUUUUAGAGAACGGGAACCUUUGGAUGAGAUAGAACAUAUAGAACCUAAACAAUGGUCUGAUAGACCAGAUAUAGUUCCCACUAGAGGCACGUUUCCGUCCUCUACUCAAUCUACCCCAAGGAGAGUUCCUGAUCCCACUACACUUGCACAGAAAAAUCCUUCAACUCAGAGAUAUCCUGUGGUCACAAUACCGCCACCCACCGCCACUGUGGAUGAAGUCUUUUGCGAUUUUGGUCCAUUACCGGUACAAUCUCUUUGCGAAUGGCAAAAUGGCAAAGGUGCUCUAGAAUGGGUUCCAGGUACAGGAUUGGGUACGAAUUGGCUAGGAGGGCCAUCUACGGAUUCAACGGCAGGAACAAUAGAGGGCGGUUACGCUUUCAUCGAAACCUCUCAAUUACCUGCAAAGGAUUUGAAAACUAAAAGUCCUGGUGGUCUACUGCACAGUCCUCAGUUGGGAAGCACCGGUGUCUCUGGAACUUGUUUUAUGUUUAAAUAUGCAAUGGAUGGACUCAGUUCAGCAGGACUCAGAGUACUGCUUCAUACGGGGGUGGAUGAGAAUUCCAUAAAGAAAGAGCGACCCGAAGAAUCGCCUAUAGAAAAUGCCACAAACAUUUCCAAUUGCAAUCCGCCAACCGCACUGAGCGAAGAACGUGUUCUAUGGCACGCACAAUACUAUAUGCUGGGCACUUGGCAACAGGCCCAGAUUCUCUACACCUAUCCAGAUAUACACUCGCUAAUCAUCGAAGGAGUUCCAGUUGACGUGGGGGAUCCUUCCCGUCUCUACAGAGGAUAUAUAGCCAUUGAUGAUAUAGAUCUUCAGCCUGGAGCCGCUUGUACGGGCUUCUGUAAUUUCGCUGGUGGCUUCUGCGACUGGAACAAUGACGUCGACGAUGAUUUUGAUUGGACCAUCAGUCGUGGCAGCGGAAAUCCAACGACCGGACCAGCUAUGGAUAGCUCCAGUGACCGUGCAACUGCUGGAGGCUAUGCUUUCAUAGAUUCUAGUUUCCCAAGACGGCCUGGCGAUGUAGCCAAGCUUAUCAGCACAAGUUUCCCGGCUACUGGGCCCGACACUCCUAUGUGCAUGCACUUUUGGUUUCACAUGUUCGGCUCCGGAAUUGGAACAUUAAAGAUCUACGUUAGACACUUUCGCAGUUUGGAUGCGCAACUUCAUGAUAUUUGGGGUCUUAGCGGUAACGCUGGAAAUGCGUGGUUCAUGUCGGAAGUCACUGUUAGUUCUUUGGAUGACUUUCAACUCAUCUUUGAAGCAUCGGUUGGUAAUACAGGAAUGGGUGAUAUAGCUAUUGAUGAUAUUACAUUUACCCAAGGAGUGUGUCCAGUCUCACCACAAGUUGCCGCACCGAUAAUCAGGGAUUGUACUUUUGAAGUGGAUGAGUGCGAUUGGAUCAAUUCUAGGGAUCCAGAUCGUGUGGAAUGGGAAAGGGUGGCCAGUCAGGUUUUAAGUCCUAGAAAUCAAAGAAAACCGUACAGCAAUGGACAUACGGUUAGUCGACGCAAUGAAUACUUUCUGGGAUUAGGUCGCGCUCGUGGUGGACCAAGGAGUAACAGUGGAGGAACCGCACAAUUAGUUAGUCGUGAAACGAAAGGAUCCAAUGAACCAAUGUGCAUUACUUUCUGGUAUUUCAUGUUUGAGGCGUUUAUUGAUUCAACAGGACCAAGUUUAGGUGUACUUCGAGUAUUCGUACAACCUGUCGGUGAGACUUUAAUUGGUUCUAAGCCGAUCUGGCAAUUAUACAACAACCAAGGUCCCACGUGGAAUUACGGGCAGGCGAAUAUCAAUGAAAGAAGAAACUUUAAUGUUGUCUUUGAAGGUACCUGGGGUCCCAAUAGAGCCAGUGGUAGUAUUGGAAUUGAUGAUAUAGCCUUCUAUACUGGCAAUUGUACUGUGCGACCAAUCAGCGCAAUGGUCAAAGCGGAAGAUUGUAGUUUCGAAAAAGGACUGUGCGGUUGGGAAAAUAUAACCUCUAUAGGAAGCGAUCGUACUGUGACAUGGCAGCAAGCAUUUGCAGCACACAGACCAGCUCAGCUAUUGGAUAAAACGUUUGGAGCCACUGGAGAUUUUGUAUUUUUUGAUAUCUUUACGAAUAAUCAAAAAUUGUCAGAGGUUCAAUUACGUUCUCCAGUAAUUGGUGUCUCGCCGGAUACGGAAGCAAUCUGUUUCACAUUUUGGUUCGCUGCUUUUGGUGUUGAGGAAUCUACGACUUUACGCAUCAUCAAAAUUGGAGUCGAUGACGGCGCAAAUGAAAAUAAAAACGGCAAUGCCAAUGGAAAUGGCGAUUCAGAGAGGGAACUGCUGUGGUCAUUGACGGCUAAAGGUUUCAACAAUCCUAGGCCGGUGUGGACAGCAGCUCAAGUUACUAUAGAAGCCAGAGCACCGUAUCGUUUGAUUUUGGAAGGAAGUGCCAGUAAUGGAGGUUUUGCCAUAGACGAUAUCAAAUUCCAGUCGCAAGCAUGCCCAAUUCGACCUGUCGCUGCUCAACCGGUUGCCAGUAAUUCGUAAUAUUAGUCAAAACAUCCAAGAUACAUAUAUUAAGGGGACUGGGAACUUCGUAUUAUCAUAUGGGUAAAAUGUGAGCAAAAAUCCUACAUAUGAUAUUGAUGGAAAUUUUUUUUCAACCCGGCGCUAGUCAUCUGCUAUUUUCAAACAAUUUUGGUAAUUAAACCAGAAAAUACAAUAUUGCAUAUAACAUGUAUGUUAGUUGUAAUUUCCCAUUCAUUUUCAUAAUGUCAAUAUAACAGUGCUGUUAUAAUGGCGUUAUGUAUUUGAAUGCAAAAUUACACUGACAUGUAAUAUUUUGUUUGCUGAGUAUUCCCCCGGAUUAAAUUUUUGAGUCCAGUUUUCAAUAAACGCAGAUAUAUUUUGGGUUUUCUUAUUAUAGCUUUAGUGAAGUCCAUACUGCACAUUGAUUGUGUCGUUUAACUUAAUAAUGACAUAUGGGCUUGUCAGAUACGGGAUCAUAAUUUAUGUCGAUACUUUAGUGGCAUAUUGAAAUCGGACGCUGAAGUAACUUUAUUACUCCAAGAUGACUAACAAUGGAUUACGCGAAAUUGAGAACAUAUUCUGCAAGGCGCAUUUUGACCCUACGUUUGCAACUAUUCAUCUAAAACUGAGCGAGACGUCUGAUCCGAAAAUGUUCAUCUGUGUCAAGUUCAAUGUCGAGUUGGAUCCACUGUUUCCAUUAGUUUUUGCUUAAUCAUUGCAAAGUGGCACCAAAAUGAUUGUUAAUAGAAAAUGUGUCAGCCACUCCGCUUAGGGAAAGAAUUUCCAUAAAAAUUGUGUUAUUUCCAAUUUUCGUGACCAAAAACUGUACACUGCCAUUCAUGCUCUUCUUCCUCUUGUGGCAUUUUUAAUUGACACAAUUCUCUUAUAGCAGGUAUAAAGCUUAGUUUUGCAUAAGUGCGACCCUUCACUACAUCACAUUUGCAGUAGUUUUGAAAUUUAUCAUUGGUACUGCACCAACAUGGCCGUGUCUCGUUUAGUUGCAUGCAGAUAAAUAUUAAUACACUGAUGCUCGCAGUAUCGGCUGUAAGUUCCGUGCCUUUGAUGACUAUAGAAAAAUUUUCCAAUUAAAAGCGUAUCAGAUUACACGUUACACAAAGCAAGAAAUUCUGUCAAUCCAAAAUGCUAAUAAGAUGUGUACAACAAAUGUUUUUUAUGUUAAUUAUAACGCCACCUGUAAUAUAUGUAUAAUCAAUAAAACUACGAAUAGUGAUCACAUCUC